ACGGCCGCUCGCAGGAAGGACACCUCCAGGACGGAUUCUUGUCCGCUCUGACUUCCAAGAGGGGAGUUCAUGGGAUGCACUAUCUACGCAGCCAGCCCCAAGGCCCUGCCCGCUGAGGAGGCCCACGGCCAGGACUCCUACCUGCAGCUCUACCGCCCCUGUCAUGGAACCUGCAGCCAGAGGAUCGCAGCCAGGGCCAGGAGCAUGACCGAGCAGCAGGAGCCCAGUGAGGACGCCGGCCUUCUCAACACACACGAGCAGGACACCCCGAAAGAGGACGACAGCCACGGCCACUUCAGGUUUCAGCUGAUUGAAGACCUGUCCUAUGAAGACGUGAAGAAAUGUUACAGAGGCUCAACGGUCAGCAAGUACAACUCGCAGUAUCACAAGCUGUUCCAGUGUGUGCCUGAAGAUGAGAUCCUCAUGAAAGUGUACUCAUGCGCUCUUCUGCGAGACAUUCUCCUGCAGGGACGACUCUACAUUUCCAGAAACUGGCUGUGCUUCUAUGCAAACCUCUUUGGCAAGGACAUCAAGGAGGCCAUCCCUGUUGUCUCUGUGCGCCUGGUGAAGAAGCACAAAACCGCCGGCCUGGUGCCCAACGGCCUGGCUAUCACCACCGACACAUGCCAGAAGUACGUUUUCGUGUCACUGCUGUCGAGAGACAGCGUUUACGAUGUCCUCCGCAGGAUCUGCAGACAUCUGCAGGUCAACGGGAAGAGUCUGUGUUUGAAGCAGUACAUGGAGGAGCCCACCUCAUCUCUGGAGGACUAUCUGACUGCAGACAAAUCUCAGGUGGACGACGACUUCCCUUCAGUGUUGAAGUGGAGGAGAAACCCCUCUGCAGAAUCGGUCACCUCCUCCCUUCCCGACCUCCUGGGGAACUCCACCAGCAGCCUGAAUGCUGCCGACCCGCAGUUUCAGUCUGAAGAACCACUGGAAGAGCGAGCUCUCCAGACAGAGCGCGGCCUUUUAUCAGAGCCAGUCGCCGAUUUAAGCCAGAUGGAGUACCAGCUGCUCAAGUUCUGUACCGUACUCAUCAUCGUCCUGAUACUGUCGUCGUGCUACCUGGCCUUCCGUGUCUGCAGCCUGGAGCGGAGCCUCUCCUUCCUCAGCAACCCCAGCCUGCCCCUGAGAGAGAGGUAA